AUGAGUGGGAAAGACCAAUUUCCUAAAACAGAAACUUUGAUGAACAAGGGGUGUCCAUCUUAUAUUUAUGGCAUCCCAACUGCUUCCAAAUGUCUCAAUGAUCCAAUCAUUUGUGGUACUUCAACUGGGUCCAAUCUGUUGAAAAACAUCCCUGGAAUUUUCAGACAGGUUGUUUUGAAUGAUCAUCAUUCGAGCUUGUUGUGUUCAGGGUUCAGUUCUGUUCCCCCACUUGCUGGUCUUGUUUCUGAUAUGCCAGUGAACUCCCUGGAGUCUUUUCCGAAACUGAACCGAGCUCUAGUUUCCGAACCACCUUCUCCAUCGAAAUUCCCUGAAUUAACUUUGUUUUCGCAGGAACCUGCCGUGUUAGAUCCGACCACACGAACCGUUGGCGAAAAGGGUGAGCGUGGAUCGAUCUUGUCUGACAACCAUUCAUUUGAAAUGCCUCAGCUUGGUCGGAUUCAGUCUCAAACUGGCAAUGAAUGGCUUGGAAUGAACCAGAGGUUGACAAGAUUUGAAUCCAGAGGUUAUAGUGAUUAUUGGCUUAGCACUACCAAGACUCAACCUAUGAAGAACACUGGACGCAGAUUGCAAAAUGGGGACCAAAAGGGUUCGUUGUCAUCGGCUUCCUCAUCAUCUGGAAAGCUAUUCAGAGGGGUAAGGCAAAGACAUUGGGGGAAAUGGGUUGCCGAGAUACGGCUUCCGAGGAAUAGGACAAGAGUUUGGCUAGGGACUUUCGACACUGCAGAAGAAGCGGCUAUGGCAUACGAUACAGCGGCAUACAUGUUACGUGGAGAAUAUGCACAUUUGAAUUUUCCGGAUCUUAAGCAUCAACUCAAGGCCAAUUCUUUGAAUGGGAACACUGCUGCACUUCUUGAAGCCAAGUUGCAAGCAGUUUCACAGGGCAUUGCUGGUAACAAGAAGUCGAGCAACCCGCCGUUGGUGCAGGCAAAAGAUGAAAAUUUAAACCAGAACACAACAAAAAGAGAGUGGCAAUUUGAGGAGAAGAACAAGGAAGAAUCUGAAAUGAAUGAGAAUAAGAAGAAAACUCAGGAGUGUGCAUCAUCAGAUGUGGAUGCUGUACAGUUAAGUAGAAUGCCUUCUUUGGACAUGGACAUGAUCUGGGAUGCUCUUUUAGUUUCAAAUUCCUGA